AUGCCUUCAAUUCCCGAAGAACCCAUCCUCGCCCCAAACUCAGAUCGGUUCUGCAUGUUCCCAAUUCAAUAUCCCCAAAUUUGGGAAAUGUACAAGAAAGCAGAGGCCUCGUUUUGGACGGCGGAAGAGGUUGAUUUGUCCCAGGAUAUACAGCACUGGGAUAAAUUGACCGAGGAUGAGAAGCAUUUCAUUAAGCAUGUUCUCGCCUUUUUCGCCGCCUCCGACGGCAUUGUUUUGGAGAAUCUCGCUGGAAGUCUUCUUCUUGAGUCCUAUAUAAAGGAUUCGGAGGAGAAGAAUCGGCUUUUCCACGCAAUCGAGACCGUCCCUUGUGUUGGGAAGAAGGCCAAGUGGGCCCUCCGCUGGAUUGACGGCUCAGAAUCCUUCGCUGAGCGCAUACUCGCCUUUGCUUGCGUCGAAGGGAUUUUCUUCUCGGGAAGCUUCUGCGCAAUAUUUUGGCUAAAAAAGCGUGGAUUAAUGCCUGGAUUAACUUUUUCGAACGAGUUAAUCUCGCGAGAUGAGGGUUUACACUGUGAUUUUGCUUGCCUGCUCUACAGCCUUCUGAGGAUGAAACUUAGCGAGGAUCGAGUCAAGGGAAUUGUUGCUGACGCGGUGGAUAUCGAGAGGGAAUUUGUCUGCGAUGCUCUUCCUUGUGCCCUGGUCGGAAUGAACGGUGAUCUGAUGAGUCAAUACAUUGAAUUUGUAGCCGAUAGGCUGCUGAAUGCACUUGGAUACAGCAAAUUAUACAAUGUUCAAAACCCAUUUGAUUGGAUGGAAUUGAUCAGUUUACAGGGGAAAACAAAUUUCUUUGAGAAGAGGGUUGGUGAAUACCAGAAGGCAUCAGUCAUGUCAUGUUUGAAUGGAAAUGGAGAUACCCAUGUGUUCAAAAUCGAUGAAGAUUUCUGA